AUGCCGCUUUAUGUUAAGGGUGGAGCCUGGACCAAUGUUGAAGAUGAGAUUCUCAAAGCAGCGGUUUCCAAAUAUGGUCUAAAUCAAUGGGCUCGAGUGUCUUCGUUGUUAACAAAAAAGUCAGCAAAACAAGCAAAAGCUCGUUGGAAUGAGUGGUUAAGUCCUACCAUAAAUAAGUCUACUUGGACUCGAGAAGAAGAUGAUAAGCUUCUUCUGUUGGCCAAAAUUAUGCCCAAUCAGUGGCAAAGUAUUGCUCCUGUAAUGGGACGCACCGCGGCAAGCUGCUCAGACCGGUAUAAUGAGCUCAUCGAAGGAUCUGUAGCCGUGGCACAGGCUGGAGAUGUGAAUUUGAACGCAGAGCUGCAACCGGCCAGGCCAGAUGAAGCUGAUGAUGAGGAGAUGGAACUUUUGGCAGAAGCCAAAGCUCGGUUGGCGAAUACACAGGGAAAAAAGGCUCAGCGGAAAGCACGAGAACGGAUGCUUCGGGAGACAUUACGGGUAUCUCAGCUUCAAAAGCGCCAUGAGCUCAAGCAGGCAGGUGUUUCGGUGAAACUGCGUUAUUCUGCAGCCGAGUUGAACCAUAUCCCUCACGAGCGAGCUCCAAGAGCGGGAAUAUACGAUACAACCGACGAAAUAACUACAAAUGAAACACAAUUGUCAGAGUUUGACAAGAAGGUUGCUAGAGCCGGGGUUGAAAACGCUGGGAAAAAGAGAAAGAACAAAGACGAUGACAAAGAAAAGAACCAACAAAAGCAUGAUUUGGAAGUGGCGGCAGAAGCUGUUAAUACUUUGGAAACAGAGCAGCUCAAACGACGCAAAUUAAACCUUCCAAUGCCGGGACAGGAGACCAAUGCAGAAGCAAUUGACGAUCGUAUUUCGAGCAACGUUGCUGCGAUAAAGUCUCGUAUGGCUGAAACAAGCGCUUUGGCCUCGGCGAAGAAUGAAGAUCAAGCUUUGGUGCAGCCUAAGUCUAGUUCCGAGAUACGAAAGGAUGUUAAGAAGGAACGCAAAAUGUUACGCCAUUACAUUACCGAGUCCUUGUCUCGACUUCCUCCUCCACGCCACCAUUCUGACUUGGUUUUACCCAAAUUUGAGGACGAUCAAGAGUCCAUUACCAUUCCUACUAUGGCAGUCGAUACCGAUGCUGGAGAGCACAUGCGUAUGUUGGAAACCUUGCGCUUGGUUGAUGAGGAAAGGGCCAAACUUCGAAGAUCGCAGGCGAUCCAGAAGGGCCUUUCUGUGCCUCAUCCUAACCUGUUAGUUGACAAAAAGUUGGAAGGUUUGGAUAAGUUGAUUGCGGACGAACUUUUAAUUUUGGUUAGAUCCGACUACAAAAGGUACGAAGAUCCGCGCUUCAAUGCGGUUAUGGUGGAAGAUUUGGCUGAAGAUGUUUUCGAACGUAUCCAUAGUCAAAUUGAUAAGGAGGUUCCUUCAAAAUUGCACCCAAAAGUACCCAGUCUCACCGAGCUUCCGGCAUUUUCAAAGAGUAUGAUGGAGGCACAUAAAGACCUUAAAUCAGAAAAUGCGGCACUAAAACUGCUGCUAGACGCUCAGUACACCACCGACAACGAAAGUGCCAAAAAACUAGCCGAGUCAAUUCUUGAUGCUGCUGCUCGAUACGCUCAACAGACCAUCGAUGUCAAGUGCUACGAAAAUAUUCUUGAAAAAGAGAAAUUGGCCAUAGAAGCCCGAUCGGCUCGAUUACAUGAAAUGGUGGACUCUAUAGUCCGUUCAGAACAUUCCAUUGCUGACCGAUUGAAAACUACAUAA